UGUCAAAAUAUGGUCAAAGUUAAUGGAGUGUAAAGGAAAACCAUUAGCCUAAUUAUUUAGUCUCCUAAUAUCAGUUAACAUGGCAGAAUAAUAUUUUAUUGUAAUAUUUUGAUUGAUAUAAUUAACAAUAUUUAUCAAUGAGUAUUAGUCUUUUGUAAGGAAAGAAUCCAAAAAUUUUCUUUAAGGACAAACUUUUGCACAUAAAUUGUUGAAAAACGGCAUCUUUCAAAAAUGAAAAUGAAAAAAAAAAGAAGAAAAAGACAUACUAAUUGAAAACAUGCUGUUUUUUAAUUGGGAUGUUGACAGUUACUCGAGCUUGUAGGUGUUGGAUUGGUCUUUAAUGUUUGGUUUUUCUGUUUAUUUUUUCAACAUUGACUGUUUAAUUUUAUUUUUUGUAUUCUUUAUGCGAUCUUUUGCGAACUAGUUUUUAUGAAUUAUCCUUCAUUUAUUAAUGAUGUCUCAUUUUAUUUUUCAAUGAAAUUUUGUUCUAAACGACAUCAGGUCAAAAGCGAAAUAACAACAAAAUUUCGAAAAAAGAAAAGGAAAAGAAAGACAUUUUUCUAAACGACAUCAUUUCUGAUAAACGAUAUGAAUCUGGGAAAACGACAUUUUUUCAAGACACUUUUCAAUAAAAUCGACAUCGCUAAAUAUUUUACAAAUUCAGAUAUCAAACAUUUUAUGAAUUUACAGGUUGGUCCCCGCUACAAAGAUAAUUUAGAUAAUUGACGCUUACUCCAAAUAUUUUGUACAUAUAACCUUCGCCGUCACCGCAACCCACCUCUCCUCUUCUCUCCAUCGUUAUCUUCCACACGACGAUUCAAAUAUCACAGGUCAGAUUUCCAUGGAAUCCUUCUCUCCUAACUUAAUAUCUUCUCAAAUUUCCCCCAGAAUUUUCUUGCAUUUUGGAUCGAACGAAGCUUCUCCCUGGACUCUUAGCCUAAAUUCAUGGAAGAGUUAGACAAUGAGUCAAAUGCUAUGAGUCAAAUGGAACUGACUCAGCCGGCACUCAUUUGUGGGCUACCAGAUGACCUUGCUGUUUUUUGUUUAGCAAGAGUUCCUCGAAAGUACCAUAGAAUUCUUAAAUGUGUUUCAAGAAGAUGGAGAGACUUGACAUGCAGUGAAGAGUGGUAUUCCUACCGCAGAAAACAAAAACUUGGUGAAACUUGGAUCUAUGCUUUGUGCAAAGACAAAUCAGAGCAAUAUUGCUGUUAUGUUUUGGAUCCCAACUCAUCAAGAAGAUGUUGGAAGCCAAUUGAAAGGCUUCCACCUCGUAGCUUGAAGAGAAAAGGCAUGUCAAUUGAAGUGUUGGGAAAACACAUAUACUUGUUGGGUGGUUGCGGUUGGUGUGAAGAUGCUACCGAAGAAGUAUACUGCUAUGAUGCUUUAGCUAACACUUGGUCCGAAGGUUCUUCCUUGUCAACUGCUAGGUGCUAUCUUUCUUGUGAAGUUUUGGAUGAGAAAAUAUAUGCCAUUGGCGGGUUAGGUUCAAAUUCAAGUGAUCCACACUCUUGGGAUACUUAUGACCCGUGCACAAACACUUGGACAUCUCAUUCAGACCCAAAUAUUGUUUCUGAAAUUGAAGAUUCUUUUGUCAUGGAUGGGAAGAUAUAUAUCCGCUGUGGCAUAUCCUCUGUAACUUCUCAUGUGUAUGCAGUGGUUUACGAACCAUCAAGUGGCACAUGGCAGAAUGCUGAUGCUGACAUGGCAUCAGGUUGGCGAGGUCCGGCUGUUGUCAUGGAUGGAACUCUUUACGUAUUGGAUCAGACUUCAGGAACCAGGCUGAUGAUGUGGAAGAAGGGAAGAGCAUGGGUACCAGUGGGAAGGCUAUCUCCCUUGCUCACUAGACCACCCUGUCGGCUUGUAGUUGUUGGUAAGAGCAUAUUUGUUGUGGGGAAAGGUCUAAGCACCGUCAUGCUUGAUGUUGACAAAGCUGUAAAUGUUGAAGGGGUUAUGGUGAGUUCCUCUAUACCUAAGUUGAAUUCUGAUGAUGAUGUAAUUAGCUGUAAAUGUUUAACCAUUUGAAACAUUAUCUUAUUUUAAUGAUUCCUAUAAAUCUACUGACUAUUUCUUGUAAUAUGUUUCUGUUGUAUCGUAUUGUAUAUAAACAUCUGCAAUUCAUACUUUAGGCUGUGCUGUUUCUUAUUA